CAGAGACACAACGGCAGCACUCCAGACCUGUUCGGUCUACUAAAGUGAUAAAUAGCACCUAAUUCCCCGGCAGCGUACUUAGUAUAAUACAGUUAUUCUAGGCGCCAAGUUCAACCUCCACCACACACCAUGAUCGAACUUUUUCUCGUGUUUUUCACCUGUUGCUCGGUCGCGUACUACUACCUUACCUUUCGGAGGUCCAGGAAGCGGCUGUACGAGCUGGCCGCACGGAUCCCAGGCCCGUUCGAUUGGCCCAUCAUUGGCAGCUUAUAUCUGGGAGUUGGCGUCACAAAAUCCAGGGAUAUCUUUGAGUACAUGACCCAAUUCCUGCACAAACUGGAGCUACCCGCGCGAGCUUGGUUGGGACCGUUUCUUGUGGUGGCCUUCGAUCACCCAGAGCACGUGGCUGUGGUUCUCAACUCCACUCAGUGCAUUCGGAGGUCCUUCAUGUACCGAUUCUUCCGCUUCGAUAGAGGACUCCUAAUGACGCCCGAUCCCCAGCACUGGAAACUACUUCGUAAGCGGUUGAACUCGUCGUUUUCACCGCUGGUCCUGAAGAACUUUGCGCCUGCCUUCAACGAGUGUGCCGAUAAGCUGGUGACAAGUCUUGACAAAUACGUCGACCAGGGAACGUUCGAUCUGCUUCCGAAAGUCAGUGAAUUCACCAUAACGGCUACCCUGUUGAAUCUGUUCAAAGUCGAUCUGCGCGCUGGCGAUAAUGAAUUCAAGGAAAAAUUCGCCGUGAAUGCAGAAAAGCUAUGGACUCUCGUCUGGCGACGCAUUUAUCAACCCUGGCUACAUCUGGAUUUCUUCUACCAGUUCACAGACAGGUUUCAGGAAGAAAAACAACGAAUUCGUAUGAUACGAGAUUUUACACAUGAAAUCUCCAAUGCUCGCGAUUCGACAAGAAUCAACAACAACUCCCAACUCCCAACACAAGAGGAUCCUCCCAACGCAGAGGUUCUCAUCGAUCGGCUGGAGCGUAUGGCGUUCGACACUCAGGAAAUAGACCAGGAAACCUUUCUAAGCAACAUCGAUACCUUCAUGUUCGCCAGUAACGACACAACCUCGAACGUCAUGUCCACGACGCUGCUCAUGCUUGCCAUGCAUCCGGAAAUCCAGGAACGCGUCUUCGCGGAAGUAUCCCAAGUCACCGCCACAAGCAACUUCAUCCCCCAGGAGGCGCUCUCCAAGCUGGUCUACCUGGAGAUGGUCAUCAAGGAAUCGAUGCGACUCGUUCCCGUCGGCUCGAUCCUGGGUCGCAUCUGCGAAAAGGAACUCACCGUGGACCAGUGGACCAUCCCGGCGGGGACGGAAGUGGUCAUACCGAUCUUCAAAAUGCACCGCAACAAGGCGGUGUGGGGCGAACGCUCGGAGGAGUUCGAUCCGGACAACUUCCUGCCGGAACGGUGUGCCCAGCGACAUCCGUACGCGUACAUUCCGUUCAGCGGAGGCAUCCGGAACUGCAUCGGGAUGAAGUACGCGUACAUGUCGCUGAAGAUUGUGCUGGCCAAGCUGAUUGCGCGGUAUCGGUUCAGGACGGAGCUGAAGCUGGAGCAGCUCAAGUUUGAGCCGUCGCUGAUUUUGCUGAUUGUCAACAAACACAUGGUGCGGUUGGAGCGGCGGUGAUGACUUUGGGUUUAUGUAUGUGAUGUUAAAAAAAAAAUAUUACGAUAAGGGAUUACAUUAAGUAAAAUUGUUGACAAAUCAGUAAAUAGUUUUAUUUGGCGUUAAUCUAUCAAUAAACUUCAACAAUUUACCACGUGCAA